UUUUCGCUGGCGUUCGUGGUAUUAGUAGGAAUAUAGGGGAAUUUCCUUUUUAAUAAUGUCGUUGAUCGAACUGUGUGUCGUGUUGUUGGUCUUACGUGUCCCAGCGUCCACUUCGCUAAACAUGGAAAACGUACUGCAAGAAAUAAAUAAAAGAUUUAUAUCGUUACCAGAUGAAGACGUUCGCAGAAAUAACAAAAUUUUGGAUUCGGUACUCACGACAUUCGUGGAUAAAAUGAAGACCAAAGAUCCCCUUUUCAAAGCAAUGUUCAGACGUGUAUUCUACGGUGGCAGUUACUACGACGGCCUUCGUGUUGGUAAACCUGAAGAGUUCGACUUAGAUCUAUUACUUGAUAUCCCUACAUAUGCGCAACCUGUUUUAAUGGAAAGCAAUAUACCGGGUUUUGUCCAUUUGCAAGUCAAGAACUUCGAUGGCUGGAUGAAACAGCCUGAAGCUAAGCCAGGUUAUGCAAAUUUUAAAAAAUUGUUUGAUGACAAGUUCUUCUUGAGUACAGAAAAAGUGUUAGCUUGGAUGCAUGGUGUUAUCCAGAUAACUUUCAACGAUUUUUCGCCGUCUAGCAAUGGGGUAUAUACUUUUCAAAAUCCAACGGGCACCUUUAAGAUUAAGUUCAGUAGUUCUGGACCAGCGUUGACUCUUCAUAUUGCAGGAGCUGGGGUGAAAAUGGACGUGGAUUUUGUAACAUGUUUUGUUUUUAGUGGGAAGAUGUGGCCUAUAAAUGGUUUUAAAAGUAACCCUUUUCCUUCAACUAAGCCGGAAUUUUUCAUAGUACCUAAGAAACCCAAAGCUCCAGAAAAUCAGCCAAUUCCUCGAUAUUGGCGACUGUCUUUCCAAGAACAAGAAAGGGCUUUAAUGGAGGACAAAAGAACUCUGAAACCUACAAUCAAAUUGCUUAAAAAAUUACGUGAUAAUCAACAACAAAGCUGCAUCGCUAGUUACUAUAUCAAAACGGUUCUUCUUCAUAUUAUGGCACAAAAGGAGAUUGAUUUUUGGAGGAAACCGCUAAGUCAUGUUUUCUUCGUAGUUUUGGAAGAAUACAAGGAAUUUAUAAAAGAGGGGAAGAUUCCUUAUUACUGGAACAAGAAAAACAAUUUAAUAGGCAAAGUAAAUGCAGCAACUUUGCAAAAUGUCAGUGGAAGAUUGACAACGAUUAUUAAGGAGGUUAAAAAUUUUCCUGAUAAACCAGAAAUCAUCGCGAAAUAUUUACUGACGAAAGAAGAAUAUAGAAGCUUUCUUGGCGAAACAGAAAAUACUUCCGGUGGUGUGUGUCCACAGCCCACCACUAGUAACAACGACCAAGACAAAUCAAGUUGUUUACUUAGUUAAGUCUCAAUUUUAUCAUUUAUCUAUUUUAUACUUAACAGGUUUGGUGUGUUUUAUUAUAUUUGAAUAAAUUAA